AUGGAGGAGCAAGACCACUCCUGUGACCCCACCUGGGAGCCCCCACAGGCAAAGAGCCGCCCGGACUCACCUUGGUCGUGGAUUCCAAUAAUGAGAGACCCUGGAUGGAUUCGAAAUGUCUGGUCCUCAAACAUUAAUGCUCAAACCAUGAACUACGUCGGGCAGCUGGCGGGCCAGGUGUUCGUCACUGUGAAGGAGCUCUACAAGGGGCUGAACCCCGCCACCCUGUCGGGAUGCAUCGACAUCAUCGUGGUCCGCCAGCCCAAUGGGAGCCUGCAGUGUUCCCCCUUCCAUGUACGCUUUGGGAAGAUGGGGGUCCUGCGCUCCCGGGAGAAGGUGGUUGACAUAGAAAUCAAUGGGGAAUCUGUGGAUUUGCACAUGAAACUGGGAGAUAAUGGAGAAGCGUUUUUUGUUCAAGAGACUGAUAACGAUCAGGAGGUGAUCCCCAUGCACCUGGCCACCUCCCCGAUCCUGUCGGAAGGAGCCUCGAGGAUGGAGUCCCAGCUGAAGAGGAACUCCGCAGAUCGGAUUAGAGGCCUGGACGCCAACACGUCAGCCCAGGUCUCCCCUCCCAGUGAGACCCCGUCGAGUGGCUCUUUAGUGAAGAAGCGCAGGAAGAGGAGGAGGAAGUCGCAGCUGGACAGCCUGAAAAGGGACGAGAACACGAACACGUCCGAGGAUGAAGACAUGUUCCCCAUAGAGAUGAGCUCGGACGAGGAGGCUGAGCCGCUGGACAGCAGUAGAACUCUUCCUGAUGAUAUACCUCCAUUCCAAGAAGAUGUCCGUAAGGAGAGCCAUUCCCCUGUCAUGACUUACCCUCAGUCAGCCUCUUACCCUAAUUCCGACAGAGAGUGGUCACCCAACGCCAGCCUGGUAGAUUGCAGGAGGCCCCCCCCUCACCUGGCGGUUGCAGCCGAGGGCGGUCUUUCUAGCUCUUGCCCUCCACAGUCUUCCCACUUCCACGCUUCGGAAAGUCCUUCAGUUUCCCGACCCUCAACACCUAAAAGCGAUUCAGAACUGGUCAGCAAAUCUGCGGACAGGACAAUGCAGAAGAAUAAUCUAGAAAUGCUCUGGCUCUGGGGAGAACUGCCCCAAGCCACAAAGUCCUCGCCACACAAGAUGAAAGAGUCCAGCCCAUUGAACAGUAGGAAAAUGUGUGAUAAAAUGCACUUCCAAGCCAUCCACAGUGAAUCGUCAGAUGCGUUUAGUGACCAGUCGCCGACACUGGUCAGGGCAUCUCUGGUGCAGCCACUGCUGGAGCAGAACAAGCCGCAGACAGAGAUACAGUUUGUGAACGAAGAUGAUGUCGAGGCCUUGGGAGCAGCGGCCCCCCCUUUACCCACCAUCGAGGAGCCCAAAGCCCCUUCUGCCAACACUGCCCCAGUAGCUGCGAGCAAGACGGACUCGCCUUCCAGGAAAAAGGACAAACGAAGCCGACACCUGGGGGCAGACGGCGUCUACUUAGACGACCUCACGGACAUGGAUCCUGAAGUCGCUGCCCUGUAUUUCCCCAAAAACGGGGACCCUUCCGGGCUCACGAAACCCGCCAGCGACAACGGAGCCCGCUCCGCCAACCAGUCCCCUCAGUCCGUGGGCAGCUCUGGCGUGGACAGCGGCGUGGAGAGCACGUCGGACGGCCUGAGGGACCUGCCGUCCAUCGCCAUCUCCCUGUGCGGGGGCCUCAGCGACAACCGGGAGAUCACCAAAGAUGCAUUUUUGGAGCAGGCCGUGUCGUAUCAGCAGUUUGCGGACAACCCUGCCCUCAUUGAUGACCCCAAUCUCGUGGUGAAGAUCGGAAAUAAAUACUAUAACUGGACGACAGCGGCGCCUCUGCUCCUGGCCAUGCAGGCCUUCCAGAAACCAUUGCCAAAGGCCACAGUGGAGUCUAUCAUGAGGGAUAAGAUGCCCAGAAAGGGAGGAAGAUGGUGGUUUUCAUGGAGGGGAAGAAACACCACAAUCAAAGAGGAAAGUAAGCCAGAGCAGUGCCUGGCGGGAGAGAGCCACAGUACCGGGGAGCAGCCGUCACAGCUGGGCAUGGCCACCAGAAUAAAGCAUGAGUCAUCCUCUAGUGAUGAGGAGCACGCGGCUGCCAAGCCGUCCAGCACAAGCCACCUCCCCCUGUUGUCCAGCGUCAGCUACAAGAAGACCCUGCGCCUCACAUCAGAGCAGCUGAAAAGCCUGAAGUUGAAGAACGGCCCCAACGACGUGGUGUUCAGCGUCACCACGCAGUACCAGGGCACGUGCCGCUGCGAAGGCACCAUCUACUUGUGGGACUGGGACGACAAGGUGGUCAUCUCUGACAUCGAUGGGACCAUCACUCGAUCAGAUACUCUCGGGCACAUUUUGCCCACACUGGGGAAGGAUUGGACCCACCAGGGCAUCGCCAAGCUAUACCAUAAAGUGAGCCAAAACGGGUACAAGUUUCUGUACUGCUCGGCGCGGGCCAUCGGCAUGGCGGACAUGACGCGGGGCUACUUGCACUGGGUCAACGAGCGCGGCACGGUGCUGCCCCAGGGCCCGCUGCUGCUCAGCCCAAGCAGCCUCUUCUCCGCCCUGCACAGGGAAGUGAUUGAAAAGAAGCCAGAGAAGUUUAAAGUCCAGUGUUUGACAGACAUCAAAAACCUGUUUUUCCCGAACACAGAACCCUUCUAUGCUGCUUUUGGAAACCGACCAGCUGAUGUGUACUCAUACAAGCAAGUGGGAGUGUCUCUGAAUAGGAUAUUCACGGUGAACCCCAAAGGAGAGCUCGUGCAGGAACAUGCCAAGACCAACAUCUCCUCGUACGUGAGACUCUGCGAAGUGGUCGACCACGUCUUUCCCUUGCUGAAAAGGAGCCACUCUUCUGACUUCCCCUGCUCGGACACCUUCAGUAACUUCACCUUUUGGAGAGAGCCACCGCCACCCUUCGAAAACCAGGAUGUCCAUUCUGCGUCAGCCUAG